AUGAGCAAGGAGUUCGAGAUGUCAGACUUAGGAAAGUUGUCUUACUACCUUGGCAUAGAGGUCGAUCAAGGGAAGGGCUAUAUUGAAUUAAAGCAAACAGCAUAUGCAAAGAAAGUACUUGAGAAGGCAGGAAUGUCCGACUGCAACCCAGUUAAAUUCCCGAUGGAGCCUAAAAUUCUGAUGCCUAAAGAUGAAAGUGGUAAACCAGUGAACUCUACAGAAUUCAAAAGCAUGGUUGGCGGUUUAAGAUAUCUGGUACAUACACGUCCGGAUAUAGCGUAUGCAGUUGGGGUGGUGAGCAGGUUUAUGGAGAGACCUACUACAUUACAUCAAAGUGCUGUUAAAAGAAUCCUGCGAUAUAUGAAGGGAACUCUGAACUAUGGCUUGGUAUACACUAAGGGUCGUGGAAAUUAUUUGUUGUCAGGCUUCUCUGAUAGUGAUCUAGCUGGAGAUAUUGUUGAUAGGAAAAGCACAGAAACAAAGAAACAAAGAUGUGUAGCGUUGUCGUCGUGUGAAGCUGAAUUCAUGGCAGCUACUGCUGCAGCAUGUCAAGGAAUGUGGUUGCAUAGAUUACUCAGUCAGAUAUCAGAUGUUAAAACUGGGCCGGUGGUGAUUUACAUUGAUAAUACUCCUCGGACUGAGUUGGAACAAAUUACACAAGCUCCAGUUUAUAAUCAAAUCUACGUAACUGUCUCAGCUGAUCAUGGAGUGGAAUGUAUGCAUGGUCUCGAACGAGCGAGACCUUUGUCUUGUGUACCUGCUGGUUCCUUUUUCCUUCAUAUGCAGCAGAUGCGGCUUAAAGUUGAUCAGUCAUUUGGAUUAUAA